AGUGGAUCCAAGAUGGCGUAGAAAGUAAAGCUAGACGUUUUGUCCCUGAGUCAUGGCGGACAGGAGAGCGGAGAAGUCAUGUGAAGAAGCCAGCAGAUCGUUAACCAGGCGGGAGUACGAGGCGGCAGUCAGCCACAGCACGGACGCCCUGGUGGUCCUUGCACCCCAAGCCCAAUCUUCGUGUGCCCCUGUCCCGCCGAGCCCACCAUCCCUUGUCGCCACCGCCGGACCCCUCCGCAGCCGUGUCCUGCUGUACCGAAUUGCUGCCUUCCUGCAGCUGAAAAACUAUGAUGAAGCAGAUGAGGACUGCAAACAUGUCCUGGCAGAAGAGAUUGCCAGGGGAGAUGGUUCGCUACAGGCCAGCUUGCACUCCAUGCUGUUGGAUGGCAGCCUACAGGAGGUGGUCAGCAUCCUCUCUAAAGCCUUGUAUGGAGAGCCAAUGAAUGGUAUUGUCGCAAAAGACCUAACCAGAUUAAAAAUGCUCUUCUCAGAAAUCGAGUCUAUAAAUAGGGAGAUGGCACCAGAAUACACAGAUGACCAGGAGGAAGAGGUCCAGGAUGGCUGGCAGUUCCGGCCUCCUCCCCGAGGAGUCACCAGCAGUGAGGAGUACACCCUCUGUAAAAGGUACUUGGAGCAGGGCCUGUGUCGGUACGGGGCCCAGUGCACGUCAGCCCACUCACAGGAGGAGCUGAUGGAGUGGCAGAAGCGCUAUGCGUCACGCCUCAUCCGCCUCAAACAGCAGCAGGAGAGCAAACACUUUACCGAGAACUACAUGGAGACUCUGAUAGAAAAGUGGAUGAACUCCCUCUCCCCAGAGAAAGUGCUAAGUGACUACUUAGAAGGAGUUAAUGUAGAAACCAGCUCCAGUCUCUCUCUUACUGUCACCACCAAAAAGUCCUCGCACUCCUGGACCUUCUCCUUGUUGUGCAAGCCGGCAAGAAAGCUGUACCGCAUUGCCCUGCUGUAUGAUGCCCAUCGACCACACUUCUUCAUCACAGGUGUGUCAGCUGGGGAGCGGCUACAAGCCCUCCCCAAAGGCUGCCAAGAGUGGACUCCAGGAGAGGAGACAGCAGUGGCAGCAGACAAUGGCCUGGACCACUGCGUCUACAAGGUAGCAGUGGGCUUCAGCACAGAAAUCUUCGGGACCUUCCGACAGACUGUUGUUUUUGACUUCGGCUCAGAACCUGUGCUGAUGCAGCGGAUCAUGGUGGACGCUGCCUCCAUUGAAGACCUAGAACACCUGAUGGCAGCCAGGCAGCAGCUCUUGUUGACUGCAAAGCGGUGGGACUCUUCCUGUAAGACCAUUGUCGAAUUCACUCCUAAUGAAACAAUGGCCGAACUGGAGCGCGGCCUCCUUUCCCGCUAUCAGAUCCCUCUGUCGGCCGACCAGCUCUUCACCCAGUCAGUCCUGGACAAGACUCUGACCAAAGACAACUACCAGGCCCGACUGCAUGACUUGCUCUAUAUAGAGGAGAUUGCGCAAUACAAGGAAGUUAGCAAGUUUAACAUCAAAGUGAACCUCCAGCUAGUCACCAGCUUUAUGCUGACCGGCAUUUCUGUUGGAGCCAAGUAUGCCCAGAAUGGACAGCUCUUUGCACGCUUCAAACUUACUGAAACACUUUCCGAGGACACAUUGGCUGGGCGGCUAGUGAUGACCAAGGUGAAUUCAGUCUUGCUGCUGCCAUUUGGCCGCGAAGGGUACAGCAGCCAGCCGCCUCCUGGGGUCAAAGAGAGAGUGUAUGAAGCUGUGAUCGAGGAGAAGACCAAGGACUACAUCUUCCUAAGGAUCUGCAGGGACUGCUGUGAAGAGCUGGGACUACUGCCUGACAGAGAAAUACAGGUGGAGCUACAGUUCCAGCUGAACAGACUGCCACUCUGUGAGAUGCACUAUGCCCUGGAUCGCAUCAAAGAUAAUACCAUCCUUUUCCCUGAUGUUGGCCUUGUCCCCACCAUCCCAUGGAGCCCCAACAGGCAGUGGGAUGAGCAGCUGGACCCCCGUCUGAAUGCCAAGCAGAAAGAAGCCAUCCUGGCCAUCACCACACCCAUCUCUGUUUCCCUGCCCCCAAUACUCAUCAUUGGGCCCUACGGCACUGGCAAGACCUUCACCCUGGCACAGGCUGUCAAGCACAUCCUCCGCCAGGACCACAGCAGGGUCCUGAUCUGCACCCACUCCAACAGUGCAGCUGACCUUUACAUUAAGGACUACCUUCAUCCUUAUGUUGAAGCAGGCAAUCCGCAUGCCAGACCUCUCAGGGUAUACUUCAGGAACCGCUGGGUGAAGACCGUUCACCCGGUGGUCCAGCAGUACUGUCUCAUCUCCGGCACACAGGUCACUUUCCAGAUGCCCACAAGGGAGGACAUCCUCAGGCACCGCGUGGUGGUGGUCACCCUCAGCACCUCCCAAUACCUCUGCCAGCUUGACUUGGAGCCCGGGUUCUUCACUCAUAUCCUAUUGGAUGAAGCGGCCCAGGCCAUGGAGUGUGAAACCAUCAUGCCUUUU